UCGUAUGGAAAUCAUCACAGUCUAACCAGACCAUGCAUCCUUUACAGAAUUGUUUUGCCCUUUGUUUUUUACCCCAUAGACUCAACAUUUAAACGCUGAUUAUAGAGUACGCCAGUGAAAUAAAGGGCGGACACAACAUAGACUCAUCCGGCCGCAAUUAAUAUGGGUUUGAAAAUUAAAAGAAGUUUAGGCGUUGGUAUAGGAAGCUAACAGGCAAAUGUCAAUGCCCCGCAACCACUGAUGAGGCAGCAGAUAAGCCUCGACGAAAUACUGUGCGGUGUUAGUAAACAAACAGAAAAAUAAGGAAGACGCUGACGAAAAAAAAACGCUUUUGUUUUUUUUACUAGACGUUGUUUCAAGCCAGUUUGCAACAGAAGCGCCCUGGAUAGCUAAUAUCCAUCGUUUGUAAAUUAUUCACAUUGCAAGCCUUUGCUCGCUCGCCUGCCUCGCACCCCCUCUGUGCAAGUACGGCUAGGGUAAAACAAUCAACCGACGAAUGGACAUCUAGUGGCCUAUACAAACGCAUGCACACGCUUGCAUUUAAGUGUGAGCUACGCAUCCAAAAAAAGGAUUUAUAGCUGAGCAAAUGUGGAAAAAUUAGCAUUGAUACAAUGUUUGUAAAUUAGUCAGUGGACUCGCUAUUACAAUUUUAACUCGGUGUAAGUGCUUAAAGAUAAGUGCUUAAAGCCUACUUUGAGUAACUUACACUGGAAGACUUUGAUUUGACACGAAAUCCACACAACUAAACCCAACAGAAGUAGGCUAAAACAAUCUUUGCGAAUGCGUUUAUUUACCUGAAGAUACAUUGAAACAAGAUCAAGGGGUAUCGUACAUUUUCUCUGGGUUUGAUGUCUUCUGCCUGCUCGGAAAUCUGAAAGCCUAACGUUGAUGGUCUGUCACAUUUCACACUGACACCGACCGAACGGAGGAUCAUACACCACUCAAAAUAUAACCAGUGCGUUGGAGCCUGGAAUAUCGUGUAUUUUACAGAAUUCUGGUGCCUUUUGGAGGAAGUAAAAAAGAAGGAAAGGAAACCCCCCCAAAGGAAAUGCCAAUCGCCACCACUGGUCAACCGACUACUCAAGAGCCCCGCGUUUGUUCUCAGCUCCCCGCAACCCCUGAGCCCAUUCCGAAACGGUCAAAUUUAUGUGACGACACGGGGGGACAUUCACAAGACCACUCACACAGGGGACCGGAGGUGGCUAGAGGCGCUCGGAACCAUAGCCAUACCGCCGCUAGGCUCUCUCUAGCUCUCGGAUCCUCCUCUCCGUCGCAAUCCCCUCCCACGUCUUCCCACAUCGCCAGUUCACUCCACCACCAACCCCCUCCCAUGGCAACGGAACCACCUAGGACUCGAUCGCGUUCGCGGUCCGGAUUUUACCAAUGUGGAGUGAAUGGAGGAGCUAAUGGUAACAACAACAGCAGCGGCAGCAACAUCAACAACGGUAGUAGCAUUCAUAAUACUGGUGGAGCCAUCGGAGUGAGCCACACACAGCAGCACAACUCCGGAUGUAUACCGUUCGGCGCUCACGGUCACACGGAAAACCUACGCCCCCAUGGAGCGAUCCUGUCUCCCGGUGCACACAGACACCACUCCGGCCCCAGCGCUCACAGAAACCUAGGCGCAGGAGCCAUUGGGGGAGCCUACCACUACCACCCAGACCAUGCCUUUGCUGAAGGGGCUGACAAGGUGGAGGACAGCCCGAGCCCCAAGCGCCAGCGUCUCUCCCAGCAGUCCGUGCUGGAGUUGACCGCCGCCCCUCCCCAGACCCCCUCUCCCCCCAUGAGGCCGUGGGAGCUCCCGCCCAGCCGCAGGGCGCACCCCUACCCUCACCCUCACACACACUACCAGCCUGAGCGCUGCCACACGCCCGCACGCCACCGGCGCAGCCCACCUGUGCGUCGUCAGCGCAGCCGUCGCGAGCGGUUGUCACGGCACCACCUGCCGCACCACGGUUCUCCUGGAGGCGGUCAGGAUGAGAACUACCGGCACCCGGCGCACGCACCCCUCCCCCACCAGAGCUACCCCUACAGCCAGCACCCCCCUCCCCCGGGCCUGGAGGAGCCACGAGCCUUCCACCCCCCCACGCUCUCGCCACGCCUGCUGCACCACCAGCAGCAGGGAGCCAUGGUCAUGGACCUGCACGAACAGCUCCCCCAGGGCACAGUGCCGGUUUCGUACACGAUGUCUCCGAUGCCCCCCCACGCGCUGCCCCCUCCCCUCUGCAGUGGGCAGCAUAUUCCAGCCUGCUCCUCUCAGCAGCAGGUGCCCGCCUGCUCCGUCGUCUUCAGUGGACAACACUACCCUGUCUGCAGUGUACCUCCUCCGAUGUUGCAGGCGUGUUCGGUUCAGCAUCUGCCGGUUCCAUAUGCCUUCCCCUCCCUCCUGUCCAGUGACACCCCUUUCCUGCUGCACCCCCCACACCUCUCGCAUCAUCCCGCUCACCUCCCCCCGCCAGGACAGUUUAUGCCCUUCCAGACACAGCAGUCUCGCUCGCCCCUACAGAGGAUCGAGAAUGAGGUGGAGUUGCUGGGGGAACACCUGUCUGUAGGUGGGGGGUUUAACUACCCCCCUUCAGGCCACCCCAGCCCCCUGCCCCCACAGACACCCCUCCAGUUCCUCUCCCACGACCCACUACCACAGGAGCUCUUUGGAGUGCCCUACCCUCCCUUCAUGCCUCGUCGAAUCACAGGCCGCCGCUACCGGUCCCAACAGGCAGCAGCCCCUCCUCCGAUACACCCCAGCUUCCUGCCUUACUUCCUUUCCAUGUUCCCAGUUCAGCCCACUGUAGGUCCAGCCAUCAGUCUGGAACUUGAUGUGGAUGACGGCGAGGUGGAGAACUAUGAGGCCCUGUUGAAUCUGGCGGAGCGUCUGGGCGAGGCCAAGCCAAGGGGCCUGUUGAAAGCAGACAUAGAACAGCUGCCGUCCUACAGAUUCAACCCCACCAACCACCAGUCAGAGCAGACACUGUGUGUGGUGUGUAUGUGCGACUUUGAGUCCCGUCAGCUGUUAAGAGUUCUUCCCUGCAACCAUGAAUUCCACGCCAAGUGUGUCGACAAAUGGCUCAAGAGUAAUAGAACUUGUCCUAUAUGCCGGGCGGACGCCUCUGAAGUGCAGCGCGACUCCGAGUGACCUCCGACCUCCGAGUCACCCUGUCCCACAAACACACACACACACACAUACUCACACUUCUCGAACUGUGCCCACCAAUGUAUCCACUAAACCUAGACUUAAAGUGUGUGUAUAUACAGUUCAUUCAUCUCAUGAAUUACAUCCAAUCUCCAUUUCUCUCUCUCUCUGUCUCUCUCUUUUCUCCCCCCCCCUUCCUUCCGUCUCUCUCUCUGUCUCUACC